AUGUCAUUCACUGGAACAUUGGACAAAUGCAAGGCUUGUGACAAGACUGUUUAUGUGGUUGAGUUGCUUUCUCUUGAAGGCAAUCCUUACCAUAAGUCUUGCUUCAAAUGUAGCCACUGCAAAGGCACUCUUUCCAUGAGUAGUUACUCAUGGAUGGAUGGUGUCCUGUAUUGCAAGCCUCAUUUUGAGCAACUCUUCAAGGAAUCGGGAAAUUUCAGCAAGAAUUUUCAAACUUCCAAGCCUUCCGAGAAGCAAAAUGAUAUGCAAUCGAGGGCUCCUAGCAAACUGUCCUCCAUGUUCUCUGGAACUCAAGACAAAUGCUCGGCCUGCUCGAAGACGGUUUAUCCAUUGGAGAAGGUGACUCUUGAGGGGGAAUGUUACCAUAAGACUUGCUUCAGGUGUGCUCAUGGUGGGUGCAAUUUGACACACUCCUCUUAUGCUGCUCUUGAUGGAGUGUUGUACUGCAAGCAUCAUUUUGCUCAGCUCUUCAUGAUCAAGGGCAACUACAACCAUGUCCUUGAAGCUGCUGCAAACAAGAAGGCCACCACGCCGCCGCCCGAAUCAGCGGAGGAAGAUGAGGCCAAGGGCAACGCCGAAGCUCAGUCCGAGGAAGGGGCUGUAGAAACUUAAAAUGCCUUCAUUCUGCUUCCAUUCACCAGAGUUUGGGAGUCCUUGGCUUUCUUAUUUUUUUGUUGUUGUUUGAGCUAUUUUUUCUCUCUUUUGCUUCCAAAGUUGAUUUGU